AUGGUUUCUAUAAUGAAUCCACACCGUGGAGAUAUGAUAGCAUGUCUAGGAGAAACCACUGGAGAAAGUGCUGCUAAAUUUAUGCUGAAAAAGAUGCAACAAUCCAAAGAGGGCACAAGCAUACUAGAAGAAAGGCCCAGAAUCAACUCUAGUACAGUAAACUUGGACUAUUUAUCAACCCUACCUAACAAUACACUUGGUAAAACUUAUUAUAACUUUCUUAGUAAAAAUAAAGUCACUCCUGAUUCAAGGAUGCCUGUACAAUACAUUGAUGAUAUAGAGCUGGCAUAUGUUAUGCAGAGGUAUAGAGAAACUCAUGAUCUCAAUCAUACUGUUUUGCAAAUGCCCACUAAUAUGCUUGGUGAAGUCACAGUUAAAUGGGUGGAGGCAAUUCAAAACAGAUUGCCAAUGUGCAUAGGCGGAGCAAUUUUUGGACCAAUUAGGUUGAAACCAAAACACAGAAAAUUGUAUUUGAAUUAUUAUUUGCCAUGGGCUAUUGAAACUGGAAAUAAAGCAGACUUUUUGUUGAAUAUUAAUUUUGAAAAAAGGUGGGAGCAGCCUCUAGAUGAAUUUCACAGAGAAUUAAAUAUAGUGCCACUAGAUGUAAAGAACAGCAGUUAG